AUGGAUGAAAAGGAAAAAGGUGAACAAAUGGCCUAUUUGGAAACGAAAGGACAUGAGACAGAAAGAUUGAGAACGGAAAGUGAUGUAUGGAUAGAAAACGAGAUGUUAAAUGACAAGGCGAAAGAAGAAUUUGGAAAACAGGAAAUGCAGGAACAAAUUAAAGAAUUGGAAAAAAGAGAUACAGAGGAACAAAUGAAGGAAUUGGAAACAAAAGGACACGAGGAAGAAAACUUAAGGAUAGAAAGUGAUGAAAGGAACGGACAGAAUGUGGAAAAACAGAUGGUAAAUGAAUAUGAAAUGGAGAGAGGCUUAUGGGAAGACCAGGAAACAGUGAAACAAAUAAAAAACUGGAAACGAAAGAACACAAAAUAG